AUGUCGCUCGCGGCGUACGUCCAAAGUCUGCCCGAGGCGCGGGGAAGCGGCGACGCGCUCGUGUCGCUGUACGCGGACCUCUCUGGGACGCGCGCGUCGAAUCCGGGGGCAUUUCGCGCAAAGGUCGAGUGGUGGGCGCGCACCCUCGGCCACGUCCUCUGGACCGGGCUGCUGCCCUCGGCCGUGACGCUGGCGGUGGACGAGGCGCUGCCGAACGCGUUUGCGCUCGCCUCAGCGGGGCGGCCGAUGUGCAUCGCGGUAGUAUUGGACGAGCUCGCACGCGAGGGCAAGGUGAUGCGGCGCAGCGCGUUUCUCGAGCGCGCACCGCUCCAGCAACGUGCUUCGUUCGCCUCGACGUUGGUCGACUAUCUCGCCAAGCCCGCGUGGCGCGCCGCCGCGCGUCUCUGGACGGAAAGCGAGGCGAUUGGCGACGAGGCUGUGUGGGCGGAAAUGCGGGGCGAGUGGGUAUUCCUGCACAAUGUCGAGCGUGCCGCCGAGCUCUACCGCAAAAAGAUGGACCGCAUCGCGAGCGUGCUGGACACGGUCGUGACGCGCACCGAGCUCUACGCCCAGCUUGCUGCGCUGCGCGACGAGUCCGGGCACCCUCAUCUUUCGCCGCGCGACUGCGAAGUCGUUGCGCGCUACCUCGAGCGCGACAUGCGUGUGUUGGUCGUGGAUGGCGAGAUUGUCAAGCUGCUCCGCCCCGGCGAUGCGCGUACCAUUGGCGAGACGGAGAAAGGCGUGCUCGCCGUGCGCCAGAUGCAGCAGAAGCUCACGCAGCAGGUCGACGAGCUCGAAGAGCGUGUGCAGAAAGCGCAUGCGCGUAUUGUCGCUGCGCUGCGGUCCAAGCAGCCGGAAGCGACCGCCAAAGCGUAUCUGCGCACCAAGAAGCAGCUCGAGGAUCUGCUGGCGAAGCGCGUCGGUGCGCUCGAGACGGUGAGCAGUAUGCUGCUCAAGAUGGAGCAGGCUGUCGGCGAUGCCGAGGUCGUGCGUACGUACGAGACGUCGGCGGCGGCCCUGCGCUCGAUUCUCGCCGAUCCCGCGCUGCAGCCGGAGCGCGUCGAUGCGACGAUGGACCAGCUGGCAGAGGCGGUCGGCGACAGCGACGAGCUGCAUGCGGCGAUCACGAGCGGAUCCGGCGUGGACGACGAGGAGAUUGCGCGCGAACUCGAGCAGCUCGCGAUCGAUGCAGAGGGCAAAGGACAAGGAGAGAGCAGCCUCGAGAAGCCCGCCGAGAAGCCCGCCGAGCCUGCCCAAAGCACGGCCGAGCCCGCACCAAGCACUGCCGAGCCUGCCGACGAAUCCGAGCGGCGCUUUCCGUCGGCACCCCAACAUACCCCCCCGUCGCAGCCGGCGCCCGCUACGUCCACCCCCUCUCGACACCUUGCUUCCUAG